CUGAGGGGAGAAACAGGUGGAGUCACCUAAAGCAGGAAGUAGAUGAAUAAAGGUGUUCCAAUAAAACAUGUAAUGAAGCUUAAGACCUCUCACAGGCGUUCUAGAUCACUAGAGAGGACUCAUCAUCUAAAGAAUAUGUCUUAUUUAGACGCAAGAGCAACAUGUCUGAGCAGCAUAUGGACAUCACUGGAGCUUUUCCACUGAGAGCAUCACACAUACAGCAGACAGCAGGAUGCAGUCGAGGUGUUGCCACCCACCCACCAGCCUGGGACAAGAUGGCCCUGACCUGCAGAUGAAGGUGGAUUUCUUCCGUAAACUGGGUUACUCUCCACAGGAGGUGAAGGCCGCUCUGCAGAAGCUUGGCCUGGGCACAGACACCAAUGCAGUACUGGGCGAGCUGGUUCGUUCGGGGGCGAAGGCCUUGCCCUCCUCUAACUCAGACAGUGACGAUAGUGGCUUCAGUUUGCCAUAUCGUGGAGGAAGCUCUUCAAGGGGACAGGGCUCAAGAGACGUGUCGUUGGAGGCCUCCACUGAGCCUGACAAUAAUCUGAAACCUAUAGUUAUUGAUGGCAGCAAUGUGGCCAUGAGUCAUGGGAACAAGGAAGUGUUUUCAUGCCGAGGGAUUGAGCUGGCUGUCAGCUACUUCCUUGAGCGAGGACACAGGCAUAUUACUGUGUUUGUGCCCUCCUGGAGAAAAGAGCAGCCCAGGCCUGAUGUGCCCAUUUCAGAUCAACACAUUUUAGGAGAGCUGGAGAGAAAGAAGAUUCUUGUGUUUACGCCUUCACGACGGGUAGGAGGAAAGCGUGUGGUGUGCUAUGAUGAUCGCUUCAUUGUCAAGCUAGCUCAUGACCUGGAUGGCAUUAUAGUGUCCAACGACACAUAUCGCGACCUGCAGAGUGAACGGCCGGAGUGGAAACGUUCCAUUGAAGAGAGAUUGCUAAUGUACUCCUUCGUCAAUGACAAGUUUAUGCCACCUGACGACCCUCUCGGCCGACAUGGACCCAACUUGGAUAAUUUCCUUCGGAAAAAAACAAUGUUACAAGACCACAAGCGCCAACUCUGUCCAUAUGGGAAAAAGUGCACAUAUGGUAUCAAGUGUAAGUUCUACCACCCAGAGCGCACCAAGCAGUCGCAGCGCUCUCUAGCCGACGAGCUCAGAGAAAAUGCCAAACUGUCUGGAUCUAAAGAGGACAGUCGAGGAACUGGCUCAUUAAGAGGCAUGUACCAAAGAUACGACCCUGGUUUUGGGUCCUGCUCUCCGUCUUUAGAGCAAGAACUGGAGCAGAAGCUCAAUCUGGAAUCUGAGAGAAAUGACAGCAGGGAUGCCAUGCUCCAUUACUGUGACGAGAUUUUCUCCAUGAACAAGUCCUUGCAUCCAGCCACUGACCGGACCAGUCUCCCACCUCCAUUCCCAACAUACCCUUCAUCCAUUUUCAGUUCCGACUCUGGGCUCGGCUCCUUUUCAGAGCCGUCCCAGAGCCUGGAUGAGUUACAUAGGAUGAGACCCAGUCAUCCAUCGAUAUCCAGUAGCUGUGGAGGUUCCUCAAACCCAGCUUUACCUGCAGGUGGCCAGCACUACCACAACAACAUGAGUCCCUUCUCCAACCAUCAGCCCAACUAUAGUGCCUACAGCUCUCUACCUCUGUCCAACCCUGUCCAGCGUUACAGUCUUCCCACUUACAUCCAGCCAAGCGGCUGGUCUUACCCUUGCUAUGUACAAUCGAUGCAGACAUCCAGUUUACCAGAACCUCUCCCCUGUCCUAGCUUCCAUAGGUCUGUCGAUGGUUAUGGAAGCCAACAGCACUCAGGCAUGCAACAGUCCAAUGCUUUCCAAGAGGAACGCCAGGAGCUCAGGAAGAAGCUUCAUGCGAUUUUCAACCCACAUCAUGUAGACAAAGUUAUGGAAAUGUUCCCACAGCUAAAAGAUCCACAGCAGCUGGCUGCAGAAGUUCUCAAGCUGAAGUCCAAGGGAGAGUUCUUUUGAUUCUUUGAAACUUUCCCCAAUUCUUUGGACACUACGUGACAAGACACUUAAAAAAAACUAAAUAGAGUCUCUGACUCUGAUGGUUUGGAGGUUUCAGAAGUGAAGUCUCUUAAACCUAAAUGACUUAUCACAUAGUACAUGUGGUAACUAUGUAUGACUAGAAAGUCAAACGUGUGUCUAGACUUGUUCAUCUAAAAGUUUGAUGCAUAUUACAUCAAUUGUUGCUCCUAACUUGUAGCAAACGGUACCUUGACUCAAAGGCUAAAAAUUUGGUUUGGUUAGGACAAAAGCUGAAAUUUCAUUUGGGAAUUCUUAAAGAGCACCUAUUAUGGUUUUUCAAAUAUUACCUUUCAUGCAAUGUGUUAUAUAGCUGUUUGUGAAUGUAAAAAGGUCUGCAAAGUUUCAAAAAUCAAAGUGCACGACAAAUGGAGUUAUUGACUCUCAAAAGAAAAAACCGAUUCUGAACAUCUGAAACGAGUCGUUAGUAAUUCCAGACUUACUUCCUGUACUAACCUAUGUUAACAAAAAAACCCGCCUCUGGUCUUCAUUGGCUGCUCACGAACAGCUUUUACCCGCCCUCAAACACUACACUAAGCGGUAGACCAAUCACAGCAGACUAGGACAUCUGACCAAUCAGAGCAGAGUAUGCUCUCUGAGAGGAGGAGUUUAGAAUGAAUCCUUUAGAACAGAUCAUUGAAGGAGUCGUUUUUGACACUGGGGAAAAAAAAGGUAAUGCUGCAAUUUAAAUUAUGAGCAAAUGAAAGUGUUUUUUGAACUUGAAUGCUUGUAAAUCUAUUGUAUGGGACCUCUAAAACAAAAUUAGGCAUGUUUAAAAACCAUAAUAGGUGCUCUUUAAUAUAUUUAUAUGUUAAGUGUAGUAAUUGUGGACCAGUCCUGUUUUCAAUGUUCAGAGUGAGUUUGUAAUUUGUAAGUGGGAUACAAAUACUUACUGAAAUAGUAAAAGGUGUUCUCACGUCUAGCCUUUUCAGUGUAUUGCCUUGUAUCAGUUAUAAGGUGUGGGAAUCCCCCGGUGCGUUUUAAUUACUUGGGUCAUCAUGCAUUGAGAGGCAUAGUACCAGUGUUGGGUAAGUUACUAAAAAAGUAAUCCACUGCAAAUGACUAAUUACUUCUCUUAACAUUGUAAUCAGAUUACUUUACUGAUCACUUUUUUGGAAAAGUAAUCACAUAACUAAUUACUUCACUUUUAAGUUACUUUCUAAAACAUUUUCCAAAGAAGUUUGUGUUCAACGAAUUCAAAAUAAUAUAUUUCCUCCUUGUAUAUUGUUGCACGCAAGUAAUUCACUAGUUUCUCCCUUACAAUGACUCGUUAGCGACUCUUCAAAAAUGCUUUGAAUGUUUUGAAUGCAUUCUACAUAUAAAAAAAUAUAUAUAUUGUUUAGAAAUAUGUGUAACCCAAGUAAUUUACUUAAAAGUAAAUAAUUGAAAGUCAGUAACUGUAAUCUGAUUACAAGAAUUUCAAAUGUUACACUACUUUCUGACUUAAGUAAUACAAUUUAAAAGUAAUUAGAUACUACACACAACACUGCAAAGUAUUCCAGUUGCAAAGUAUCAACUGUGUGGCACAUUGCAAUUUCUGUAUCUGUAUUUUAUUGAACUACUCGACAAAAUACUUCAUAUCCAUGCUUUGAAUUUGUGUUUCUUAUCAAGUUGGCUCUGCUUUGUUACACUGUCAAAACCCCCCUAAAAGAAUCCACAUUUUAAAUUUGAAUAAACAGGGCAUCUCAAAUCUUUCCAGCUAUACAAACUAGACUUUCCUCAUCACGAUAUUUAAACUUCUGCUCUGAAAUGAAUGAAGAGUGAAUUCUUUACACUAACUAAUCACAGUUUAUUUUUAAAUGAGUUCGAAAAAUGCCAAAGCCCUGAAAUAUAAAAUAUAUAAUACUAAUACAUGACAAAUAUUGUUAGUUAAAAUUAGUAACUAUGAAACAUUCAUUUAUCAUUGGCUUCCGUAUCAAUCCAACAUUAUGAUGACAGAGUGCCGCGUCACAAAACAUUGGUAUUUAUGUACUGUACAAACUUUGACUAGCAAAUAUUUAUAUUUUAAAGAGAACAAAUUCAAAGAAACAGCGAGUAUGAUUUUAUCAAGCUUCAUCUAAAGAUAUCAAGAUUUCUCUUCAGAGGAGACUGUGUAAAACACCUUAGAUGUUUUUGUUAUAGCAUCUGUUUGCAAAGAUGUUCCAUUGACAAGAACUUUUUUGUUUGUUUAGUCCUAAACUGUAGAUAAAAAUCAACUUCAGUUAGCUUUGUUGUGUUGUUGAGCUUGUUAUAUGUAGAUUAAGGUAUCCAGGUAGCAAUAGUGCAGCAUGUUUGGCACUAUUCACCCAGUUUCUUAAAAUGAAUGUUAACAGGAGAUGAGUUCUCAGCACUGCAUUGGCAAAUACAGUGGAAAUAUGUACUUCAGUAAAUAGUAAUUAAAGUAAAUAAAAUAACAA